UUCAGCAGAGGGCCUGCUGCCUCAACAGGGCAGAAUGACAGACUUUCGGGAAAGAGUUGAUGAUCGGUUCAUUAAACCCGAUGAGGAAGUGGUCGAAUUGAUCCGAUUCAAAGUUCCCGAAGCGACCCGGGAUGAGAUCGUUCGGGCUGCCUCGGCGAUGAGCCGCUUGACAGUGAUCUAUCCGAGAGUUGUGCGGGUCGCGGCUGCUCUAUUGGAGAACUGGUACUCAUCUAAUUUUGCUGCUGAUACAGACAGAGAUCCUUUACUGCAUUUCUCCUACCAGCAGAUUCUUCUAUGGGUGCAGGAAAUGCAUGAGAAAAUGGUGGACAAACGGCUGUUACUAUUUGAUCUACAGGAUAUGUUUAUUAGUCUCUACGAGUUACACGACCUUUGUAUGGAUCGUGAUGUAUUCGUCGCACACCAGUUUGCCUUGCUCAUUCGACAGCUCUCGAUAUAUCUGGGUGAACUCACCGCGCACCUGUCUCGCCUUGGAAACUGCGAGGCAUGUGAUAUCCUUAGAGUGGCUGACUGGUGUGUAGAGCGUAGCGCUAUAGCCGUGUACGAGAAUCGACCUGAACCAGCCAUUCACUGUCUCCCUCUUAUUGGCGAUUUCACCCCAGAAAGGCUUCUCGGAGCCGGUGCUUUCGGGUCUGUCUACAAAGCGAGAUAUAAUCCGGCAAAUAUGGUUUGUACAUUAAAGAUCGUGUCGACGACGUGUUUUAGCGCAGUCGAGCAUGCGACGGCGGAUCGUGUGGUGGCAUCUGUUAUUGAUCAUCCAUUUAUUGUAUCGUACUUUUGUGUCUUCAGCGUUGACGAGAAGUGUACGGUUACAGUUAUGGAAUACGUGAAGGCCGUCGACCUGCAAAAAGUCGUCGAUCGAGCGCAGAGUCUCCGGGUGAAGCAGAGCCGGAUCAUCUUUGCCCAACUGAUGGCAGCUGUAGUUCACAUGCACUUCUACGGACUGAUCCAUAGAGAUAUCAAAGGAAGUAACGCUUUACUUUCGUUUGGCGGCCGGGUAAAACUAAUAGAUUUCGACACCAACAAGGUCUGCGUGGGUCAUUUCGCGACACGCCAUAUCCUGUCGUAUUUUCGGCGAACUGCAGUGGAGUUAAAUGAUAUGGAAAUUGCUGGCACACCACCUUACAUGGCUCCUGAGGUUCACUGUCGGAAGGCAUACGGUCGAGCGAUGGAUUGGUGGUCAUUAGGAAUCACGCUCUACAAGCUCAUGAUUGGUCGAGUGCCGUUCCGGGGUCAGAACGAGGUGACGCUGAAGAAUCAGAUUUGCAACGAAGAAGUUCGGUUUCCCAAGUUCAAAUCGAAUCGUGAACAUAUCGUUCGGCCAGCGAUUAACCUGAUUUUGGGAUUGCUUAGAAAACGUGCUCUGGAACGACUUGGUUCAGUCCAGUACAACGACAUUAUUAAUGCCCCUUUUCUAGCCAACAUAGAUUGGACAUGGUUGCAAUCUGCUGACUGCUUAAUGCGUCUUCCUGCGUUUGGGGAGGUCAUGUAUGAGGCAGCCAGAGGAAAAAAUACCAGAGAUCAUCGAGAACACCUCACUGAUUCGUUCAUCAUGCGUCUUUCGCCAGAGGCUUCCCCUGAGACCAAGUCACGGCCGCUUCCACGAGUACAAGACCUUAAAGAUAAGAAAGGCGGACAUCAGCCAUUGUUUACGUAUAUGUCAACCAUGUUUCGAGAGGUUAUGCGGUCAGGUAUCCCCGUAGAAGCUGCAUCGUCUGCGCCUUUGUUCAAAAGUAUUCAGCGAUUCGCACACAGUAACGUUUUGGAUUUUAACUCGACGAAGUCACUUGAGAACCCAUUGCAAGCAGAGCGAAUAGACAUCGCUAUACCUAAAGGACGUAGCCAUCGAGUCGCAGCCCGGUUGGAGCCAACCCUGGGUGAAGACUGCAGGAUUUACUACGUUGUCACAAAUAUCGCGCCUAAUGACCCUACAGCGUAUUCUAGUUUAACAGAGGGUGACGUCGUGAUAGCUGUCAAUGGGGUGAGCGUUAUCGACGGUUCGCGGGCGGAAGUAGAAGCUCUGAUGGCCGCUCCGGGCUUUGAUGAGGUGAUUGUGACGGUGCUCUCAUCUGGGACAAUGCGCCUACUUUUGAGCCGAAUAGAUAUGCGUCUUGUUCUAGCACAUUUUAAACCGAUUGAGGUCGUGAUUGGAUUGGGCAUUGGUUCCAAUAUGUUCACACUUCGGGUAGGCUCCUACUAUGAACCAACAACGAAAGCUUUCGUGAAAGUCACUGUGUUACUGCACGUGCACAGUAGAUUAGGCUGCAACGUGUAUUCAGGUGAUGUCCUGAUUGCUUUUAAUGGAUCACCAGUAACCGGCCUCACACUCGAUGACCUUUCAGGAAAGCUGAAUGAUGCAAGCGUGCAACGAAGCAUAAGCGUCGUACCUGCAUCUUGUAUGCGGGUCGAUCGGCCGAUUUUGGACCGACUAUUUCGCGCCUAUGAUGGCUACUAUCAGAACCAAUUUGAAGAAGAUGGACCGGAGCUGCGUUCAUCUGUCGAAAAGAAUCACACAGAUGAGGAUGACAUGUAGGCACAAGAGCGAGCGCGAUGAUUUCGUAUAUUAAAUUGAUUAAUUAAAUACAAAAUUGACAAAUUUUCUGAACUUCAGAGCAACGAAAUGGCUUGAGCUGCAGUAGCCAUUGCGAGCGACGGCAGAAAAAUUGUUUUUUAGAUUGCAAAAAAAAACAGCAAAAACGUCAAGUCGUUGGUGGACUGUGAAGAUGUUUCAACGUAAAUAUUAGCACUUGACGGACAUGGAGUUCAUGGGUGUUGGCGAUUAAUAAGUGGUCAUCUUUAAUAUAUCCAAGUUACAAUAGCAAGC